GGGGAAGACCGGCGUUUCCACGUUUAUUCUUGGAACAAAGUAAUUGAGUAGGAAAAUUGGUCUACUUUAUUGGCUAUAGAACUGUCACUUAGAUCGCAUUACAAGAAAGAAUACAUCAGCUAGGAAGGUGUUUAAGUUGAACCCUAUUGCUGGCAAUAGAAGAUAAACUGAACAAAAUGCUACUUCAAGCAGGUGCAGCUUUCUUAAAAAGAAGUCCAGGACAAUUGCUGACAGGGUCCAGAAAUGUUAGAACAAAUCUGACUUAUCAUUUAAAAAGUUUUAUACAAAAGGAUGCUAAUUUUCUACCCAGACUGGGAUGUGGUGCUACCAAAUUCUGUUCAACACAAGCAAAAGAUAAUGACAAGGUACCGAAAGGGAGGCCAUAUAAUGAGUUCACUAUUGGUGUCCCUAAAGAAAUCCGGCUGGAUGAGAAGAGGGUUGGUUUAACGCCAGAUGCAGCAAAAACCUUAAUAAAAACAGGAUUUAAUGUCAUUGUGGAGGAAGGUGCUGGAAUGAAUGCUCAAUUCAAAGAUGCUGACUAUCUAGAGGCAGGAGCUCAGAUCAAACCUUUGAAGGAAAUGUACACCAAUUCAGAUAUUAUUAUCAAGGUGUGUCCACCAGAAAACCAUCCUGAGUUUGGAGUACAUGAAUCAGAAUUAAUGAAAAGUGGCUCAACUUUGAUAAGUUUUCUGUAUCCAGCACAAAAUAAAGAUCUAGUGGAAAAAUUAGCUGAUCAGAAACUGACAAGCUUUGCUGUCGACUGUAUACCACGAAUAAGUCGGGCACAGGCAUUUGAUGCGUUGAGCUCAAUGGCUAAUAUCGCUGGUUAUAAAGCUGUUGUUGAGGCAGCCAAUCAUUUUGGUCGAUUUUUCUCGGGCCAAAUAACCGCUGCUGGAAAAGUUCCCCCUGCCAAAAUUCUUGUGAUAGGUGGCGGUGUUGCUGGCCUAUCAGCUGUCAUUAAUGCGAAGGGGCUGGGCGCUAUUGUGCGAGCGUUCGAUACGCGCGAAGCUGUGAAAGAACAAGUUCAAUCGUUGGGCGCUGAAUUCUUGGAAAUUAAAGGCAUUGAAGAAUCAGGGGAAGGAACUGGAGGUUACGCAAAAGAAAUGUCACCUGAAUUUAUAAAAGCAGAAAUGGAGUUAUUUGCGAAUCAGGCAAAGGAAGUUGAUGUGAUCAUUAGCACAGCAUUGAUCCCGGGCAAACCAGCUCCAAAACUUAUCACAAAAGAAAUGGUUGAAUCAAUGAGACAGGGUUCUGUCAUUGUUGAUUUGGCAGCUGAAACUGGAGGAAACUGUGAGCUGACAAGACCUGGCGAGAGUUAUAACUAUAAAGGAGUGCAAAUUAUUGGUUAUACAGACUUACCAAGUCGUCUACCAACUCAAGCUAGUACACUGUAUGCUAACAAUAUGACAAAGUAUCUACUGUCUAUGGGUGAGAAAGAUCGUUUUGAUGUUGAUCUUGAAGAUGAUGUUGUUCGUGGCUCAAUAGUUCUUGACAAAGGAAAAAUGAUGUGGCCGCCUCCUGCCCCAUCAACCCCUCCUGUUGCACCAACACAAGCCGCUAAAGAAAAAGCCGUCGUGAAACCUCCAGAAAUGAGUCCGUUCCAGGAGAAGAUGUAUGAAGCUGGUGGAACAGCUGCUGUACUGUCCAGUGUUAUUGGUCUUGGCUUUGUUUCACCAAACCCUGCAUUUGCCACAAUGGUGACCACGUUCUCUCUUGCUGGUGUUAUCGGUUAUAAAGUGGUAUGGGGUGUCACCCCAGCUCUGCAUUCUCCCCUCAUGUCUGUUACUAAUGCAAUAUCUGGUAUCACAGCCGCAGGGGGACUGGUAAUGAUGGGUGGUGGCUUUCUUCCUAACAACACUGCCACUUCACUAGCUGCCAUGGCUGCAUUGAUUUCUUCGAUCAAUAUUUCUGGAGGGUUCAUUAUUACUAAACGAAUGUUGGACAUGUUUAAACGACCAGAUGAUCCUCCUGAACAUACCUAUCUAUACAGUAUUCCUGGUGCAUUGUUAAUGGGAGGUUAUCUGUAUGGUAAUUAUCAGGGGUAUAGCGAUAUCCAUCAGAUGGCAUAUCUUGCUUCCUCUUUGUGUUGUGUUGGUGCUCUAGCGGGUCUAUCGCAUCAAACUACUUCAAGGGCUGGAAAUGCAUUAGGUAUUAUUGGUAUUUCAACUGGCAUGGCCGCUACGAUUGGAUCACUAAAUGUUUCCCCUGAAAUCCUGGGCCAAAUGGCGGCUAUGUGUGGUAUUGGUGGUACAGUGGGAGCAAUAAUUGCAAGACGUAUCGCCGUGACAGACCUGCCACAGUUGGUUGCUCUAUUCCAUAGUUUUGUAGGAUUAGCUGCUGUUUUAACUGCGUAUUCUAAAUAUAUGAUAGACGUCGAUGUAUUAGCGACUGAUCCUUCAGGUGGCGUUCACAAAGCCGCCAUAUUUGCUGGAACCUUUAUUGGUGGGAUAACCUUCACUGGUUCACUGACAGCGUUUGGUAAACUGCAAGGUUUACUUGAUUCCAAUCCUCUCUCAUUGCCCGGCAAGAAUUAUCUCAAUGGAGGCAUGGCGUUAGCAAAUGUUGGGGCUUUGGCGUAUUACAUGCAAACAAAUGAUCUCACACCUGGAAUGGCAACGCUUGGUGCCACAGGCGUACUUUCAUCGAUAAUGGGAGUUCACAUGACUGCUUCAAUUGGUGGAGCAGAUAUGCCCGUUGUUAUCACGGUAUUAAACAGUUACAGUGGCUGGGCAUUAUGUGCUGAAGGAUUUAUGUUGCAGAAUGAUCUACUCACUAUUGUUGGAGCUCUUGUUGGCUUCUCUGGAGGAAUUCUGUCGUACAUAAUGUGUAAAGCAAUGAACAGGUCAUUGGCUAAUGUGCUGUUUGGAGGUUAUGGAACAUUGUCUACAGGUACUGGUGAAAAACUGAAGAUAGAAGGAACACAUACUGAAAUCAAUAGUGAUAAUACAGUGGAGUUGAUACGCGAUGCUAAGAAUAUCAUCAUCGUACCGGGAUAUGGUCUGGCUGUUGCUAAGGCACAGUAUGCCAUUGCUGAUAUGGUCGAGACGUUGAGAAAGAAUGGCAAGAAUGUUCGUUUUGGUAUUCAUCCCGUGGCUGGGCGUAUGCCAGGACAGCUUAAUGUAUUGCUAGCCGAGGCUGGUGUACCGUACGAUAUUGUCCUUGAGAUGGAUGAGAUAAAUGAUGAUUUUUCCGAUACUGAUCUAGCCUUAGUUAUUGGUGCCAACGAUACUGUCAAUUCUGCCGCUCAAGAUGAUCCUAAUUCAAUCAUUGCAGGGAUGCCUGUCCUAGAAGUGUGGAAUUCCAAAAAUGUAAUAGUUAUGAAACGAACACUAGGCACUGGUUAUGCUGAUGUUGAUAAUCCUGUCUUCUAUAAGCCAAACACAUCCAUGUUAUUGGGAGAUGCAAAGUCCUCUUGUGACAGUCUACAAAAUCUGGUUCAGUCCAUAUAUAAAUAAAUAUUUUGAACAUUUAAUAAGUAAUAAACAAUAUAUAUCAAUAUAUAGUAUAACUAUUUCUUGAGUGACAUGAGUAUAGCUAGUGUGUUUCUACAAAAAUGCGUGUUGGUAAAAUCGGUCCUUCCGUU